AUGGCAUCUGAAUAUAGUAUUCCGCGGAAGUUAUGGCAGCAUUCAAAUCCAAAGUCGACUGCGAUGUGGAAGUUCAUGCAGUCUGCCAACGAAAAGAGAGGUUUAAACAUGCAGACGUUUCGCGAACUGUACGAUUGGAGCGUUGGUGAUAAACGCACCGAGUUCUGGGCAGAUAUGUGGACUGCGAGUGGAUUGAUCUACGAAGGUAGUUACAGCAAGGUAGUUGAUACCUCAGUACCUAUGGAUAGCAUACCGCAAUGGUUCGAAGGUACACGACUGAACUUCGCCGAGAACAUCUUGUACUCUGUUUCACCCACAGACCCUUCGAGACGAACCACUGAGAACAAAGGAGAUACCAAAGUUGCUCUGACAGAAGUGCGCGAAGGUAACACAGAGGUACGUCACCUCUCAUGGGGCGAGUUGAGACGAAAGGUAGCCGUGCUGGCGAACACUCUUCGUGUGAAAGGCGUAAGGAAGGGCGAUAGGGUUGCGGUUGUUGCAAGCACCAGCUUCGAUACAUUUAUCACCUUCAUGGCAGUUGUAAGUCUAGGAGGUCUCUUCAGCUCCAGCAGUACCGAUAUGGGGACCAAAGGCAUACUGGAGCGAUUGCUGCAGAUCAAACCGGUUUACGUCUUCAUCGAUGACUGGACUGUCUACAAUGGCAAGACCUUGGAUCUGCGCCCGAAAAUUAAAGAAAUCGUAGAGGGCAUGAGCAAUGUCUCCGAGUUCAAGGGAGUCGUAACGCAGCCUCGAUUUCCUGGUGCGCCAGCAAGUCUAGAGGGUAUUCCACGCAGCAUUACUCUGGACAACUUCGUAGAGGCGGCCAAAGGCGAUGAGGAGUUGACUUUCGAAAGAGUCGCUUUCAGAGACCCUUUCUUGAUCGUGUACUCCAGCGGCACUACUGGUGUUCCUAAAUGCAUUGUUCACUCUACUGGUGGCGUGUUAAUCAGUGUGACUAAAGAGGGUAGACUGCAUCGCGAGAUGAGUCCUGACAGCGUAGUGUUACAGUACACAACCACCGGCUGGAUCAUGUACCUUGUAUCUGUGCAAUGUUGUCUCUUCGGCAGUCGAUCUGUACUGUAUGAUGGAUCGCCCUUCAUUCCAUCAGCACAGAGUUUCCUGUCCAUACUAGAGGAACAACGCGUCACUGAUUUUGGAACAUCGCCUCGCUUUCUACAAGAGUUGCAAAAACGCGACAUCGUUCCAAAGAAUUUGUUCGACCUCUCAGCCCUUCAGUCUGUCUGCACCACUGGUAUGGUGCUCUCAGACUCACAAUUCGAAUGGUUCUACGACGUUGGCUUCCCUUCGACAGUCCACCUUCGCAACAUUUCCGGCGGAACGGAUCUUGCAGGCUGUUUCGGUAUUGAAAACCCACUUGAGCCUGUUUAUACUGGAGGUUGCCAGGGGCCAUGUCUGGGCACAAAACUGGAAGUUUUCGAUAGUACUAUCGAAGAUGGCCCUGGCAAAGCUGUUCCUUAUGGUGAGCCGGGUGAGCUCGUUGCGACAGCAUUCUUCCCGAAUCAGCCUGUAUUCUUCUGGGGCGAUGAGAGCGGAGAUCGGUAUCAAAACGCUUACUACACACGCUUUCCGCAUGUUUGGACCCACGGCGACUUCAUCCAGAUCCAUCCAAUAACCGGACAAGUGUUGUUCCUGGGUCGUGCAGACGGUGUACUGAACCCCAGUGGCGUGCGCUUUGGCUCUGCCGAGAUCUACUCCGUGAUCGAAACGUAUUUUCCUGAAAUAGCCGACAGCAUUUGUGUUGGACAACGCCGACCGCAGGACAAUGACGAAAGCGUGAUGCUGUUCUUGAAUAUGAACGACGGGUACGAGUACAAAGAAGAUCUGGUGAAGCGUAUCAAGGAUAAGAUUGCGAAUGAGAGAAGUCGGAGACAUGUUCCCAAAUACGUGUUUCAGACAUGGGACAUUCCGACAACCGUCAAUCUAAAGAAGGUAGAGUUACCAGUCAAGCAGAUAGUGUCUGGUAAGAUCAUCAAGCCUAGUGGAACACUGGCGAACCCGGAGAGUCUGAAGUAUUAUGAGCAAUUCGCGAAGGUAGAAGAGGUCUUACAGGGAGAAAGAAAGGAAGGCGCAUCGCGGCUGAAGAGCAAGCUAUAG